AAAUCCGUGAAGAAUUGAUACAAAUGAGAAUUCAAAAAACAGCAAUAAUUGGUUUGGUACCAACCAUAAAAACAGUGGAUAUCUAUCACAUUUUUAUGGUCAUUAUAAAAAGACACCUAGCUUUUAUGGCAGCCACCAUUGACUUUUUCAGUAAAAAAAUUCAUUUCUCUUACUCCACACCAACUCAGAAUCUUCCUUCCAUUUCAUACGCAUAGUGGCAAUUUCGUUAUUCUCUUCAAACCCAUGUCUUGUUUCAUCUAACUGUAUUUUGUAGCAAGCAGGUUGUAGUAAGUAGAGUGACAACCUCAAACUUCUUACCUUAAACUCUCCAAACACCAAACAAAUCUUCAAAAUCUUUGCUUUUUUCCGGCAACUAUUCCUCCACCGCUUACGGCGGCUCCAUGCGUUUUCUAAACUCUUCCAUCGCCAACCACAGCCACAGCUGAUAAAUGGGUUGCGCGCUCGGAAAACCUGCCGGUGCUGGAGACCGACACCGUCGCCGAGAUAACACUGUUACUUCUGACGGAGGUAAUAAUGCUGUUAAGGUUGGGGAGAAGAAGGAGACUGAAGCUUCUAACGCCGGUGAACUUUCCGGCAAUGUUCCGGCAACUGUGACCCGGCUACCUCGAAUCAAUUCAUUGGCGGCAACUCAGCCGAGUUGGCCGCCGUGGUUGAUGGAAGUCGCCGGUGAUGCAAUCCGAGACUGGGCUCCUCGCCGCGCCAACACUUUCGAGAAGCUUGCUAAGAUUGGGAAAGGGACUUAUAGCAAUGUGUACAAAGCAAAAGACCUUAUUACCGGAAAGAUAGUGGCAUUGAAGAAAGUUAGAAUUGAUAAUAUGGAAGCUGAGAGUAUAAAGUUCAUGGCAAGAGAGAUUCUUGUUUUGAGGAAGCUAGAUCACCCCAAUGUAAUAAAGCUUGAGGGUUUGGUUACUUCAAGAAUAUCAUCAAGUCUUUACUUGGUAUUUGAGUACAUGGAACAUGAUCUUUCUGGUCUUAUUGCUGGCAUUGGUGUCAAAUUCUCUGAGCCUCAGGUAAAAUGUUACAUGAAACAAUUAUUGUCUGGCCUUGAGCAUUGCCACAGCCGAGGUGUAUUGCACCGCGAUAUCAAGGGCUCCAAUCUACUUAUUGACGACAAAGGAAUACUUAAAAUUGCAGAUUUUGGACUUGCAACUUUCUAUGAUUCUAAGCAAAAGCAUGCGAUGACUAGUAGAGUUGUGACCCUUUGGUAUCGUCCUCCUGAGCUUCUUCUUGGGGCUACAUUCUAUGGUGUUGGGAUUGAUCUUUGGAGUGCUGGUUGCAUCUUAGCAGAGCUUCUUGGUGGAAAGCCAAUCAUGCCCGGAAGAACAGAGGUUGAGCAACUGCACAAAAUAUAUAAGUUAUGCGGCUCUCCAUCAGAGGCAUAUUGGAAGAAAUAUAAAUUACCAAAUGCUACUCUCUUUAAGCCACAACAUCCUUAUAGAAGGCGCAUCUCAGAAACAUUUGCGGAUUUUCCGUCUUCUUCAUUACCUUUAAUUGAAACUCUACUUGCAAUAGAUCCUGAUGCUCGCGGCACUACCUCAUCUGCUCUAAAUAGUGAAUUCUUUACCACUGAGCCCUAUGCUUGCGAACCGUCGAGUUUACCAAAGUAUCCUCCCACCAAAGAAUUGGAUGUAAAGCUGAGGGAUGAAGCAAGAAGGCAAAGAGCUCUAAAUGGCAAAACUAGUGCAGUUGACGGUGUUGGACAAGUUAGAGUCCGUGAGCGCGGUUAUGCAAUUCCAGCCCCAGAAGCAAAUGCAGAGAUCCAAACAAACUUAGAUAGGUUGAGAGUUGUGACACAUGCAGAUGGAAAAAGUAAAAGUGAAAAAUUUCCACCUCCUCAUGAGGAUGGAGCUGUUGGAUAUCCCGGGGAGGCUUCGAAUAGAGGAGCUACUUCAUUUGGAACAACCAAAACAAAUUCCUUUAGCUCAAUAUUAUCUAACUCAAUACAUUCUAAAUCUGUUGGAAGUUUUGCAGCCAGAUCUUAUAAAGGUUGGAGAAGUGGUGAAGCAGAUUCCAAGUUAUCAUCGUGGAAAUUUAUGCGUUCUUUCAAGCCUUCAACGGUUGGUCUUUCAUUUAAUUUAUUAUUUGGAAGCAGAAGAUAAUCUAUUUCUUUGGAUUUUAGCAUCCUGGAAUGUAUAAAGGAGUGAAUGACACUUUGAUAAACCAAUUUUGCCCUGUAAUGAGGAUUUAAUUUUUUUUUUCUUUCUUUCAAUGUUGUAUUUUUGAGUAUUUCAUUGGCAUAAAGUGUUGGCUGUUUAUAAUGUAAAAUGCGGAUGAUUAGAUUUGUAUAUUUAGAGGUUGAAGUUUGCAAGAAAAAUGAUGAUAAAAAAAGUUUGUUAUCAUUUUAAAUAUUUCAUUUUUUGUUAUCAAA